AUGACUUCCAUAUCGUUCGGCCACGCAAACUCAGGAUACCAGGUGGGAAUAAAUUAUGGAGAGAUCCAACUACCCCCAGAGCGUCCGGAAACCCCACCAUCCCCUGUCUCGACCGUCCCGUUCCGUCGCGACCCAGAUUUCAUUGACCGUGGAACUCUACUCGAUCAAAUCCAAGCGAAAGGCGCAACGCAAGGUGCUCGGAUAGCACUUGUCGGCCUAGGUGGUGUGGGGAAAUCACAACUUGCAAUAGAAUAUUGCCAUCGAGUUCUAGAUCGAUCGCCCGACACGUGGGUUUUCUGGAUAUAUGCGAGCAAUGCAACUCGCUUUGAGCAGAGUUGCCGAGAGAUCGCCGACCGCGCCAAGAUACGAGGCCGGCAGGAUACCAAGGUCAAUAUCUUCCAGCUCCUCCGUGAUUGGCUCAAUGAUGCAAAGACUGGGAAUUGGGUUCUCGUCCUGGAUAAUCUCGACGACGAUGAUUUUCUCCAUAUACCUGCAAGAAAGUCUAGCCUGGCGAAUAACGAUAGUAGUGGCCCUGAACCAUCUAUCUGGUCGUAUUUCUGUCAGAACGCAACUGGCUGCAUUGUGAUGACAAGUCGAAGUAGAGAGGUGGCAUUAAGAAUCGUGGAAGACUAUGACAUUCUUCUGGUGGAACCGAUGAAAAAAUCCAACGCAAUCUCGCUUUUUGAAAAGAAGAUCGACGCACAAUAUGAUCGCUCGGCAAUCAUUCAACUAGUUGAAGCUCUAGAAUUCAUGCCGCUCGCGAUUGUGCAGGCGGCGGCCUAUAUCAAGCAAAGAGCACCACGAGAGUCAGUCACAAAAUAUCUAGAAAGAUUUCAAAAGAGCGAUCGGCAGAAAAUGAAACUUCUUGAUUAUGAAGGAGGUCAGCUUCGCAGAGACCCAGAAGCAAAGAAUUCUAUCCUUCUAACCUGGCAGAUAUCGUUUGAGCAUAUUCGGGGGAAAAAGCCUUCAGCGGCAGAUCUUCUAUCUCUUAUGAGCUUUUUUGAUAGACAAGGGAUUCCUGAAAGUCUUCUGCAAGAAGACAAAGCUGCAGAAACGGAGGAUGGAGGUAACCCAAGUGACACAGAGGAUGAUGAAAGCGUAUCCAGCGAGAUUGACAAGUUUGAGGACGAUAUCUUAUUGCUCAAGGACUAUUCGUUGAUAUCUGUGACCCCAGACCAAGUGGUCUUCGAGAUGCAUCGAUUGGUCCAGCUAGGAAUGCAGGAGUGGCUUCAGGCUCAAGGCCUUAUAGAGCACUGGAAGGAAAUCUUUAUCCGACGGCUCGACAGAAAUUUUCCGGAAGGAAGUUUUGAGAAUUGGAAGGGGUGUCAAUUACUAUUCCCCCAUGUGCAGUCCACACUGACGCGACAUCCUGCUGGAAAAUCCUCAAUGGAAAAUUGGGCAUCACUGCUUCACAAAGCCGCAUCAUUUGCAUCUACGAAGGGAGAUUUCGUCGAUGGUAUAAAAAUGGCAAAGAAGGCAACGAUAGCAAGGAAAGAUUUAUUUGGGCCGGAAAAUGAGAAAACACUGAGCAGUUCAAAUUUACUUGGCUUGUUGUAUAUUGACGGAGGGGAGUGGAAGAAAGCUGAAGAGCUCCAGCUACAGGUUAUGGAGACUUGCAGGCAGGUGCUUGGGCUAGAGCAUCCGGAAACUCUAAGAAGCAUGAGAAAUCUGGCAUCGACCUACUGGAAUCAGGGGCAAUUGCAGGAGGCCGAAGAGCUUGAGAUCGAAGCACUCAAGCUCUGCUCCAAGGCACUUGGGCCAGAGCAUUCACAAACUCUAGCCAGCAUGAAUAGUCUGGGAGCAACCUACUACAAUCUAGGGCGAUGGAAGGAAUCCGAAGAGCUUGAGAUGCAGGUGAUGGAAACUCGCAAGCGGGUGCUUGGGCUAAAGCACCCAGAUACUCUAAGCAGUAUGGCUAAUUUAGCAACGAUGUACGGAGAACAAAAUCGAUUGAAGGAGGCAGAAGAGCUUCAGAUGCAGGUUUUAGAGACUCAAAAGCUAGUGCUCGGGCUCGAGCAUCCAGGCACUCUACAUUGCAUGAGUAAUCUGGCAUUAACCUACAAGAAUCUGGGACGAUAUAAGGAAGCUGAAGAGCUUGGGUUACAGGUGGUGGACACUCGCAAGCAGAUACUCGGGCCAGAGCAUCCAGCAACUCUGACUAGCAUGAGUAAUCUAGCAUUAUUCUACCAAAAGCAGGGGCGAUGGAAGGAGGCUGAAGAGCUCGGAAGCCAGGUAUUACAGACUCGCAAGCAUGUGCUCAGGCCAGACCAUCCAGACAUUCUAACCAGCAUGAAUAACCUGGCAAUCAACUACCACGACGAGGGGAGAUGGAAAGAGGCCGAAGAGCUUCAAGUGCAGGUGUUAGAGGCUCGAAAGCUAGCGCCUGGGCUAAAGCAUCCAGACACCCUAAAUAGCAUGGCCAAUCUGGCAUUGACCUACCAGAGUCAGGGGCGAUGGAAGGAAGCCGAAGAGCUCGAGGGCCAGGCGUUCCAAAAUCGCAAGCAAGUGCUUGGGCCAGAGCAUCCAGGCACUCUGGCUAGUCUGGGUCAUUUAGCAGUAUGCUAUUUUUAUCAGAAGCGAUGGAAGGAAGCUGAAGAGCUUUGGGUGCAGGUAGUGAACACUCGCAAACGGGUGCUUGGGCCAGAGCAUCCAGACACUCUUACCAGCAUGAAUAACCUGGCAACCAACUACCAGAAGCAGGAGCGAUGGAAGGAAGCCGAAGAGCUUUUGGUGCAGGCGGUGGACACUCGCAAGCGGGUGCUUGGGCUAGAAGAUCCAGACACCCUAGUCAGCAUGGAUAAUCUGAAAUCAUUCUUCGAAAAGCAGGGGCGAUGGAAGGAAGCCGACGAGCUUCUGGCACUUUUGUUAAAAACUCGCAAGAAAGUGCUUGGGCCAGAGCAUUCAAAAACUCUGACCGAUAUGAAUAAUUUAGCAGUACGCUAUUUUCAUCAGGAGCGAUGGAAGGAAGCCGAAGAGCUUUUGGUGCAGGCGGUGGACACUCGCAAGCGGGUGCUUGGGCUAGAGCAUCUAGACACUCUAACCAGCAUGAAUAACCUGGCAAGCAACUACCAGAAGCAGGAGCGAUGGAAAGAAGCUGAAGAGCUUUGGGUGCAGGUGGUAGACACUAAGAAGCAGAUGCUUGGGCCAGAGCAUCCGGACACGCUAGUCAGCAUGGUUGAUCUGGAAUCAAACCUUGAGAAGCAAGGGCGAUGGAAGGAAGCCGAAGAGCUUCAGGCGCAUUUAUUGAAGACUCGUGAGAAAGUGCUUGGGCCAAAGCAUCCAGAGACUCUGACCAGUAUGAAUAGUUUAGCAGUAAGCUAUUUUAAUCAGGAGCGAUGGAAGGAAGCUGAAGAGCUUUUGGUGCAGGCGGUGGACACUCGCAAGCGGGUGCUUGGGCUAGAGCAUCCAGACACGCUAGCCAGCAUGGAUAAUCUGGAAUCAACCUUCCUGAAGCAGGGGCGAUGGAAGGAAGCCGAAGAGCUUCUGGCGCAUCUAUUGAAAACUCGCAAGAAAGAGCUUGGGCCGGACCAUCCAAAGAUUCUGACCGAUAUGAAUGAUUUAGCAGUAAGCUAUUUUCAUCAGGAGCGAUUGAAGGAAUCCAAAGAGCUUUGGGUGCACUUGGUGGACACUCACAAGCGGGUGCUUGGGCUAGAGCACCUAGACACUCUAAGCAGUAUGGGUAAUUUGGCAGUCACCUUGAGAUCCUUAGGCGAAAACGAAGCUGCUAUGCAAAUGAUGGCUAAGUGUGCUGAAGGUCGUGGCCAGCAAUUAGGCCCUGACCAUCCAGACACUUUGAAAGCUAUAUCCAUGUUGGAAAAAUGGCGUGGUACAGCUGGUGACGAAACUUCGGCCUUCAAGCCUGCUAGAUCGCAGAUUGAAACACCACCAGAGGAAGAGACCCACGUCACGUCUACGAAGUCUGCAACUCAAGUGUCUUCUAUUGCGACUCUGUCUAAGUGA